CGAUCCCGUUGCCAUUUUUCACGAUUUUAAAACGUAAUAAACCAAAAGGAUGUGAAGGUUUAGGUCACGCCGUAGACUUUGUGGAACCUCUUGCCGCCACCACGGCUGAAAUCGAUAUUUCUGUCUUGUCUCGCUUAUUCUCUGUGCGUUGGUUGUUCUGUGUUCUGUUUAUCACCCGUCCGUGUGGUCACUUAUAUAAAACGACGAGAUUUCUUAUUGCGCCACUUGAAAAUACCGUGAAUUUUGUUCAUCAUAAAACGCCGGCUAAUUUAUUUAUAAAGCCCCGUUAAAGUGGUUUUUUUAUUGGUUAUCUAACCCGCCGAUUAGUAGUUCGUGUCUUGGAUUGAUUUAUAAGAUGUUUGCUUCUAUUAGGAACUUCGGCAGCCGAAUCGGGCAGCUGUUUACACGAAAAAAGAAUGACGUGGCAGAAGAAGUGAAAGAAACAGAGGAGCAUAUUGAGGAUGUGGUUGAAGAAAGAACGAAGAAAACAAACGAAGCUUUAGAUAAGACAAAGAGUGAUGCUCAGAAAAUCGCUCAAGAAGCAGCUGAAGCUGUAAGCAGAGCAAAAUCGAACCUAAGCGAAGAUCUUCAAAAUGUAGGGAAACAAAUAGACCAGCAGUUACAGCAUAAAGCCCAAGAAGCCGAACACACCCUUCAAGAAACUCUACAAAACUUAGGAAAAAGCAUUGAUACGAAGUUACAUGACGCAUCUGUCGCUGUCGAUACCAAAAAGAACGAACUUGCCCAUUCUGCCGAAUCCGAGAGACAAAAAAUCGUAAGCGGAGCCCAGAAUCUGGCAAAGACCAUUGAUAACAAAGUAAAAGAAACCGAAGAGGCAGCAGCGAAAAAAGCCAGAGAAUCCGUUGAACGAGCCCAAGAAGCUGCCAAGUGCAUCGAUAAUAAAUUAAAAGAAACCGAAAAAGCUGCGGCUGAAGCAUUAAAAGCCGAACGAUUAGCGCAAGGUGCCCAAACUUUGGCGCAAAACAUUGAUCACAAAGUGAAAGAAACUGAAGCUGCAGCUACACAGAAAGCCAAGGAAGCAGCCGAUGCUUUAGCAGCAGAAAAACAACGUCUGGCUCAAGGUGCACAAAGCUUGGCCCAGGGUAUUGACAACAAGUUUAGGGAAACUGAAGCUGCAGCGGCACAAAAAGCCAAAGAAGCAGCUGAUUCCCUAGCAGCAGAAAAACAACGUCUAGCUCAAGGUGCACAAAGCUUGGCCCAAGGUAUUGACAACAAGUUUAGGGAAACUGAAGCUGCAGCGGCACAAAAAGCCAAAGAAGCAGCUGAUGCUUUGGCAGCCGAAAAACAACGCCUGGCUCAAGGAGCACAAAACUUGGCCCAAGGUAUUGACAACAAGGUUAGAGAAACUGAAGCUGCUGCCGCGCAAAAAGCGAAGGAAGCGGCGGAUGCUUUAGCCGCAGAAAAGCAACGGAUCGCUGAAGGAGCUCAGAAUUUGGCUAAGAAUGUUGAUAAUAAGGUGAAGCAAACUGAGGAAGUUUUGUCCAAUAAAGCCAAGGAAGUUGCAGAAGGCGCUCAGAACUUAGCUCACUCAAUGGAUAACAAAGUAAAAGAAGCGCAAGAAGCAGCUGCUCGCAAGGCACAAGAAGCAUCUGCCGCAGCUGAAAGAAAAAAGCAAGAAUUAGCCCAAGGAGCGGAAAAUCUAGCGCACAGAAUCAACACCAAAAUAAACGAGACUGAAGAAGCGGCUGCUAGAAAAGCAAAAGAAACUGCCGAGGCCGCUAACAAUCUAGCCAAAGCUGCUGAUAAUAAGAUAAAAGAAACAGAACAGGCAGCGGCCAACAAAGCCAAAGAAGCGGCAGAAGAGGCUCAACAAUUUGCAAAAAACGUCGAUAACAAAAUUAAAGACACGCAGGAGGCGGCGGCUCAUAAAGCCAAAGAAGUUGCCGAACAACUUGAUAAUAAACUUCAUGAAACUCAACGAGCCGCUGCGGAAAAAGCAGCCGCUUCAAUGGGAGCCGCCCAAAACGCAGCAAUAGUGAUCGAUAAUAAAGUGAAAGAAGCUGAAGAGGCAGCUGUUAAUAAAGCCAAGGAAGCUGAAAAGGCCGCCGCUGAAAAGGCACGUCAAGCAGCAGAAUCUGCCCAAAACAUGGCCAAAGAUCUAGACAAUAAACUGAAAGAAACUCAGGAAGCUGCCGCACAAAAAGCUAAAGAUGUCGCCGACAAUCUGGAGGCUGGCAAAGAAAGACUCGCCGCUGGUGCACAAAGUUUCAAUCAAGGAGCCCAACAGAAGGUUAACGAAGCUGCAGCAAGUGCGCAGAGCUGGGCUAAAGGCGUCGACAGUAAGAUCCAGGGUGUGGCCGCUUCCGCAGAAGAAGAGAAACAGAGGCUUGCACAGGCCGCUCAAAAUGCCGCGCACAACGUUAAUGAAGGUUUCCAAUCCUUUGGUAACGCUAUGACACAAAGAGCACACCAAAUAAACGCUGGCCUACACGAUGCCGAAAUCUCCCUAGAAGAAAAUCUUCGACGAUCCGCUCAAAAUGUGGAUAACAAAUUGAGAGAAUCUGGAAAGGCGAUGCAAGACGAUUUAGAGGAAAGUAAUAAAAUGGCACAUGCCGGUUUGGAUGACCUCUCGAGCGCCGCAUCGAAUAUUUUUGGAAAGAGUUUGCUCCCAAAAGAGUGAACUUAUAUAUGUUACUAAUGAACAAACUGAAGUGCUGUGUACUGAUCGUGAGAUAACUUACUAUUAAGUAUAUUUAGUGUCAUUGAAUCCACCAUUGUCAAUUCUUGUGCCUAUGCUACUAGAAGGUAUAAUCGAUAUUUUUAGAUGCUAUAUAUAUAUCAACUUUCUUUGCUGGAAAUGUAUGGCAACGUAACCGAGCCUUUUAAUAUUUUUUACUGUUGUAGACAAAAAAAAAACUAUAAAUAUCUCCUAUAAAAAUAAAUCAUCAAUGUCCUAUUAAAAAUGAAUAAAUAAAAGCUUUAGUGUUAGUAUAAUAACAUUAUAUUCAUUAGUUUUUUUAAAUAUAUUUAAUAGAUCUAAAUAAUUUAUAUCAAGCAACGACCUGCAAGACGCAAUAUAACAUUAAAACACAUAUUAAUAUUAUAAAAUUUGGUAAAACAAAUUUAUGUUUACACGAUUAUUCUGUCACUCACUUUACAUUCUUGUUUUUUUUUAUGAAGUUUUGUUAUAAAUAUAUUUAAUAUUGUUGCGCUUUUGGGAAAUAAAAUGGCGAUGAUAGAUA